AUGGCGUCGAUAUUCUGCCCGCCCGACCCUAUCGCCGUCGACCCAGCCUGCUACGCCGACGGCGACAGCUACCCAUACGACGAGAACAGCGACUCGGGGACAAGCUCGCUCGACUCCCUCGUCGUCACGCACAUCCUUGAAAAUGGCCGACGCUACCACGGCUUCCGCGCCGGCCGCUACCUCCUCCCAAACGACAAGCCCGAGCAAGAGCGCCUCGACCUCCUCCACCACAUCCUUCGGCAAGUCUUCACGGACACCUACACAGCUCCACUCAGCACACUCAAACCUCUCCGCCGCAUCCUCGACCUCGGCACGGGUACAGGCCGGUGGGCAAUCGACACGGCGUACGCCUACCCGUCCGCGACGGUCAUGGGCAUUGACCUCUCACCGAUCCAGCCGAGCUGGGUGCCCUCCAACUGCAGCUUCGAAAUCGACGACCUCGAGUCACCGUGGACGGUUGCGCCGGGGUCCGUCGACUACAUCCACGCGCGCGGGCUGAGCGGCAGCAUUCGCGAGUGGCCCGCGCUGCUGGCGCAGGCGCACGCGGCGCUACGACACGGCGGGUGCGUGGAGGUUACGGAGGUGGUUGCCGAGAUGGCGCCGGUGGGUGAGGUCGGCAGGGAGUAUGAGCUCCUCCUUGCAGCCGCGCAUGAGCGUGCGGGAAGGAGGUUGGGUGUGGCUGAGGAGGUCCCCGGGUGGCUUACAGAGGCGGGGUUUGUUAAUGUUGCUGAGAGAAGGGGGAGGAUGCCCGUGGGGAAGUGGCCGCUCUUGCCGGCGAUGAAGGAGCUGGGGAAAUUGUAUAAGGAGGUGGUACUGGCGGGGCUGGAGGCCAGGGCGGUCGCGCCGCUGACUAGGUACCUUGGCUGGAGUAAGGAGGAGGUUGAGGUGCUCGUGGGGAAUCUUAGAAGGGAGGUCGGCGAGAGGGGCGCGCAGAGGUGCGGCAGGGUCGUGAGCUGGGUUGCGUGGAAGGCGUAG